UAACGAACGUUGGAAAUGAUCCUACGAGGUUCAGCUAUAUACCGGGCAUCCUAUACGAAUGAUUGAGGAAACAGACAGACUAUUCAUAUGGGGAUGGACCAGUUCAUAUCAGAAGAAGAGAAGCAGAAAAAUGCACGAAUCAAUCUUUUUGGGCAAGGAAUAUUGUUCCCGCCGCUUUUCUCUUUGUUCCUUGCCUUUUCCUUCCAUUUGAAAGACCUGAUGAGGAAGCCGCUCUGCUUUUCCACCUCCCCCGUGUUCAUGUCAUGUGGCUCCACGCACGCGAGCUGGGCGUGCGACCUACGCCAAUAUGGAAAAGAGCAAAAGCUAGCGAGCUCCACCUCCAUUCGACUAUACAAACGGAUUACCCCAUACCAUACUGCAGCAAGCUAACAGAGCAACGCGCACCGCCGCGGCCGCGCGCCUACAAAUACCGGCGCGAGGUUCUCCUACUCCUUCCGCAGUUGCCGCGAGCCCGUGAGCAUCCGGAGCACGAGCGCACCACCACCGCCAGGCACCAGCGCCGCGUCGAGGAUCGACGCCGCCGUACUUGUGCAAUGGACGGGCAGCCGGGCAACGGUGGAGGAGCGGGGGGGAGCGACGCGGUGGCGAGGGCGUUCGUGGAGUACUACUACAACACGUUCGACGCCAGCCGCGGCGCGCUCGCCGCGCUCUACGGCCACACCUCGAUGCUCUCCUUCGAGGGCCACGCCGUGGCGGGCGCCGAGGCGAUUGGCCGGAAGCUGGCGCAGCUGCCGUUCGACCAAUGCCGGCACUCCAUCUGCACCGUCGACUGCCAGCCCUCGCCGUCGUUCCCCGGGAGCAUACUCGUCUUCGUCAGCGGCAACCUCCAGCUCGCCGGCGAGGAGCACCAGCUCAGGUUCAGCCAGAUGUUUCAGCUGGUGCCCAACGAGCAGGGAAGCUUCUUCGUGCAGAACGACAUAUUCCGGCUCAACUACGGGUGAGGCGCGGUAGCGUGCGGUUGCCGAAAGGAAGUGGAUGCUCGUCGGGUGCUUUGGUGCCGCAUGGACACGCCGGGCGCGCGAUCCUUUGUUUUCUUUUUCCCUCUUUCGCUUUCAGUCUUCCCAGAUGUUCGUUUAGGAUGUAGCACCCCCAAACGUUUGCGUUCACAAAAUGUAGCGUCCUAAAUAAAGUCUCGUCAUGCAUGAUGCAUGUAUGCGCUGUCAAAUUCGAUCAGUCGCUACCAAAGAUCGUGUUCCGAGCGAAUUGUCGCGUUAAAGCUCACCAUGUUAUCAUCACUGGCAGUGAAAAGAGAUGCCAUUUCGAGCAUGCCCUCUGCUGGCUUA